AUGCGGAAUGAACCUGAAAAGGGCGACGAAAAUGGUAAGGAAGCCGAAACUACUGAGUCUACUUGUGCUAUUGACAAGGAGGAAGAGACUGAGCCAACAAAAGCGGAAGUGGAAAGGAAGGACGACGAGCCUACGAAGGAUGACGAGCCUACGAAGGACGACGGACCUACGAAGGACGACGAGUCUACGAAAGACGACGAGUCUAUGAAGGAUGACGAGCUGAAGAGGGAAGACGAACUUACAGCAGAAACGGAAGCGGCCAAGGAACGAGUAGAAUAG